AUGUCCCACCCAAGAAUAGAAGAGGUGUCGGACAGCGACUUCGACUCUGACCCUGCAGAGGCCGAUAUUGAUGAUUUCGCCGACUCCGAUAUCAUGCGCCGAGUCGAACCCUCAGAGGCCGCUCCUAAAACAGCUCCCGCUGCUGUAGCUCCUCCUCGUCAGAUGCCCGCCAUCGUCCCCGCCGAUGCCCCUGCUGGCGGUACCAUGCCCGCCUCAGCCGAUCGAUCUGCCUACGCCGAUUUCCAAUGUCUCUACCCUGUGUACUUCGAUGCAUCACGAUCCCGCGCAGAGGGCCGUCGUGUGGGCGCUGAACUCGCUGUGAAGGAUCCCCUUGCGCGAGAGAUCGCAAACGCCUGCUCGAGACUACGCCUACCAACACUCUUUGAACCUGAAAAGGUGCAUCCCAAGGAUUGGGCGAACCCUGGCCGUGUCAAGGUCGGAUUGAAGAAGACGCCUGGCCACCCUGUCAAGAACAAGCAUCAUUUGUAUCGUCUUGUUGCUGAACACCUGCGCGAGAACCCUACGACCGAAGACAGCCCCGGCCUGCGUGUCCGCAUCGGAGGCCAGCUACAGCCUGAGGCUGGGAAGCCCUACCCCAAGCCCGCUGUGCCGCGCGGAUGGAAGAUGGGCGAGUUGGUGCCGUAUCUAAGUGCUGCUAUGACCGGUGGUGGUGUCUCUGAGAAUCUGUUUAAGGAUAUGAUGAAGGAGAUGCAGGGUGGUGGAGACCCAAUGUCAGCCCUCAUGGGUGUACAAGGAGGUGGUGGUGAAGAGAGUAGCAGUGGUGGUAGUAAGAAGAAGAAGGAUAAGAAGGGUAAGGGUAAAGCAUGA